AUGUUCGACGAAUUCGUUGAACACGCUGCUGCGCCCAACGGGGGACUUGGCCAUGGCGCGUCCGCCCUUCCGCAAGUCCAGUAUGAGGGAUUUGAGCCUUCGCCUUACGAACGAGAUGACUUUCGAGAAGAGUUCGAAGAGGCGGCCUUGGGGGAAGAGACCGACCCUGCCGCUGCUGCAGGCCCUGUAUUCGAGCUUGGGCGGGUCCAAUACACCUUACCAGCACCAUUAGUUUCCAUGGCAGUAUCCUCGGACGUCCUCGCCAUGGCUUUGGCAUCAAAUACCAUCGUCCUCAUUGCCCUCGCCCAUGCCGAUCAAGUCAUGAAGAUCCAAAUUCCUCGGAAGACCAAUGAGAUGUCCGUAUCCAAGAUAUUCAUGGACCCUUCCGGCCGACACAUCAUAGUAACGUCUCCGCAAGGAGAGAACUGGUAUCUAUACCGGACUUGGAAGAAGCCCCGGCAACUGAAGGGUUUCAAGAUGGUCAUUGAGAGCAUAGCCUGGAAUAAAGCUGCCCUGCUCUCGUCUCAUUCGACGUCGACGCGGGAGAUGCUCAUCGGUGCGAGAAAUGGCACAAUAUACGAAGCUGUUCUUGACGCAGAAGAGGACUUCUUCAAGUCUCAGGAACGGUAUUUGCAGUCGCUAUUCUCUCUGCCCGAGCGGCAUCCGGUCACUGGCAUCAAGUUUGACUUGUUUCCGGCCUCUGAUCCAAGACGAGCAUUGGUUAUCGUUACUACGCCUUCUCGAAUAUACCAGUUCGUCGGGGUCCCGGAUAGACGGACUGAGGAGGGAGGGCGGAUCUUCUCCAACUUGUUCGCGAGCUACAGAGAUGUUGCACCAACCAUUUUUGAGAUUCCUGGCGGUUUAGACCAUUCAGAACUCCAUGUCUAUACUCCUGACGCCGAGCAAGUCUUAUCGCUGCCCAAGACUAUGGCAUGGAUGGCCUCUCUCGGAAUCUACCAUGGCACUCUGAACUUCGAGUCAACGUCAGACAACUUGAUUGACAAUGCUCAGAUGCUCCCGUAUCCGUCCCUGUCUGGUCUUUCCCCUCAAGAGUGGCCCAAAUCAAUAGCUCUAACAGAGUUCCAUUUCCUCCUCCUCUACAAGGACCGGGUGGCGGCCAUCUGUAACCUGGAUGAGAAGCUGUCAUACGAAGAGAUGCUGCCUUUGAAACCAAACGAGGAGGUGAAGGGACUGGCUGCAGACCCUGUACGUAAGACGUACUGGGUAUACACCGACCAGUCUCUAUUCGAACUGGUGGUUGGCAACGAAGACCGGGAUGUCUGGAAGGUCUAUCUAGAGAGAGGUCAAUAUGAUCUGUCCCUACGGUAUGCGAAGACAGCACGACAAAGGGAUCGGGUCUUGUCAGCGCAUGCCAAUGCCUUAUUCAACGAAGGAAGGUACUUCCAAGCUGCACAAGCUUACUCCCAGUGCUCUGCCAGCUUCGAAGAGGUCACUCUCAGAUUCCUAGACGCGGGUGAACGCGAUGCCUUACGGGCCUAUCUCAUUUCGCGCCUAGAAAAGACCCGGAAAGGCGAACUGACGCAACGCAUGAUCCUGGCGACCUGGCUCGUUGAGUUCUACCUCAGCAAAUGUAACGAGCUCGACGACGUCGUCGCUUCGGAGUCUGUCUCGCACGACGUGGAGAACUUGGAGACAGAAAGGAAGAUAGUAGAGGAGGAUCUGAAGAACUUCUUUGUGACAUACAAGGCUAACUUGGACCCCCAAACCGUCUAUGAUCUUAUUCAAGGCCAUGGGCGUACUGACAUGUAUAUAUACUAUGCGACUACCAUUGGCGACUACGACCGAGUGAUAGAACACUGGAUCCUUGAGGAAGAGUGGAUCAAGGCUAUAGAUGUCUUGAACCGGCAGACAGAUCUCGAAUUGUAUUAUCGGUUUAGUCCUGUCCUUGUUCGGCACGCUCCGAAAGACACAGUAGAAUCGUGGCUUCGACAGCCUGCCCUGGAACCUUUGCGGCUUGUACCUGCUCUCCUGCGACUCCAGCAUCUCCCUCGCGACCCGCUCGUUGGGAACCAGGCUAUCCGGUAUCUCAAUCAUGUCAUUUUCGAACAGCAGAACACGUCCUCCAUCAUUCACAAUCUCCUGAUCACGUUCUACGCAGCUCCCUCUCCUUCAUUACAGCCUUCUCCAGACGAAGAUGGCCCUCUACUGAAAUUCCUGUCUAAUGCACCCACGGAUCCUAUGACCGGCAAACCCUACUAUGACCUGGAUUAUGCCUUGCGACUAUGCAAGCAGGCCAAUCGUAUCCAACCAUGCGUGCACAUCUACUCUAAGAUGGGUCUAUGGGAGAAUAGCGUCGAUCUGGCGCUUGCUAAGGGAGACCUGGAGCUUGCUCAGAUCAACGCGGACAUGCCUGACAAUGACCUGCAACUGAGGAAGAAACUGUGGCUCAAGAUUGCCAAGGCUAUGCGCUUCCUGGAGAACACUGACCUUCUGAAGGUCGAGGAUAUCUUGCCAUUCUUCCCAGAUUUCGUUGUCAUCGACGACUUCAAGGACGAGAUAUGCAAUGCUCUGGAGGGUUAUGCAGCCCACAUCGAGACCUUGAAAGGCGAGAUGGACGAAGCAACCCGCAACGCAGAAGCCAUCAAACAGGACAUCGCCGCGCUGAGGAACCGGUUUGUCACCCUGGAUGCGGGAGAAUGCUGUUCGACAUGCGGCCAGCUCUUGUUCACAAGACAGUUUUACGUCUUCCCGUGUCAGCAUACUUUCCAUGCCGAUUGUCUCAUUGGUCUGGCUAAAGAAUACCUUCCCGCGCAUGCCUUGCGCCGCAUCUUAGCCCUUCAGAAUGAGCUGAUGAAGAACACGCAGAAGUCGGUCGAUCGAUCCACAAUCACCACUCCGACUGUGGUUUCUCCAGGCGGACAAGGGCCUCGACAACCACUUUCGCAGCGCACACUGCUAUCUGCUAAUUUCACCAAUCUAACAAACCCGCUACAAAACGGUACAAGAACGGCCAAUGCCAUUGGCAGGAAUCUACUUUCCGCUGGUGAUCGCCUGCGGGAUCUGAUCGUACCCGACGCUCUGGCUUCCGUUGUUUCCGCGCCUGGCUGGAUACCCGGUAUGGGGGGGAAGAAGACGGAGACCGAAAAGGACGGGGGCAAGAAGACGGAGAAGCUGCGAGCUGAGUUGGACGAAGUGCUAGCGAGCAGCUGUCCGCUCUGCGAGAGCGUGGUAGUUGGCUUGGAUAAGCCUUUCGUGAAGGAGGGCGAGAUGGAUUCCAGCUGGGAACUGUAG